UCCGUAAUAAUUCGUAGUAUUUCCUUUCCAUUAACUUCUACGCAUCCAAGAUUUUAUUUACUAUAUAUUUGUUCCUUAAUUACGGUAGUGUCAGACUACUAUUCAACAUUUGCAGAUGAUGUACUCGUAGUCGGAGAUAGAAUCAUAAGAAGGGGGCCAAAAUUAUGAGGUGCUGAGUCAGCUGAAGGACAGCACCGUAGGCAACUCGCUUUAAAGAAAUUUGGAAUUUUGGAGCAGCAGCAGCAGUGGGCACCGGGCAAUGUAGGCAGUACCACCAGACCGCGACCACCCGCUACUUAAAUUAAAUGUUCCUCUCUUCCCAUUUUCCUUCACCCCAAAGCUCCGAGCUUGCUGUAUGCCUACCAUACUGAGAGAGAAAGGGUCCUUGCUCUCAUUUCAUUUCAUUUCUUGUAUAAGAAAAUCUCCACGAUCCCCCCACUCCUCCUCCCUGCAGUAAUACAUUCUAUAUAAACAUAGAUACUACUGAUUAGUAGUAUUAGCUAGGAAGAGGGGCUUGUCAGAGUUAGACGAUAUGGGCGAAGAGAAGAAAGAGGAAGCGAACAAGGAGGAGCAAAAGAAACAAGUACCGGGAAACAAAGAAGAUACUAGUAAAAAGGAAGAAGAAGGGGACAAGAAAGAAGAAAAGAAGGAAGAAGAGGUUCAGGAGAUUGUUCUCAAGGUUGACAUGCAUUGCGAGGCUUGUGCAAGAAAAGUUACUCGAGCUUUGAAAGGAUUCCAAGGAGUGGAGAGCGUAACGGCGGAUUGCAAGGGGAGUAAGGUGGUGGUGAAAGGCAAGAGCGCGGACCCGGUGAAGGUGUGCGAGAGGAUACAUCGGAAAAGCGGCCGAAAAGUGGAGCUUAUUUCACCUUUGCCUAAGCCACUAGAGGAAGCACCCACAGCCCCCGUGGAAGAGAAAAAGACGGAAGAGCCGCCUGCUGUUAUAACAGUUGUGUUGAACGUUCAAAUGCAUUGCGAAGCAUGUGCUCAGGUUUUGCAGAAACGAAUCCGAAAAGUCCAAGGUGUCGAAUCUGUCACAACAGACGUUGCAAAUAAUCAGGUCGUGGUAAAAGGUGUUGUUGAUCCGGAGAAGCUGGUGACUGAUGUGUACAAGCGAACCCGCAAGCAAGCUUCGAUAGUGAAGGAUGAGGCAAAGAAGGAAGAUGAGAAGAAAGAUGACGUGAAGACGGGAGUGAAAGAAAAUGAGAAGAAAGAAAGCGAGGAAGGGAAGGAAGGAGAUGAUGUGAAGACAGACGCCAAGAAAAGUGAAUACUGGCCUCAAAGGUACUACUACAUGGAGUACGCUUAUCCUUCUCUAAUGUUCAGUGAUGAGAAUCCACAUGCUUGCACUGUUAUGUAACUAAUCAUAUUUACAAUAACGAAGGAGCUUUCUAUAUAUGCAAUUUUCCUUCCUUUCCGUGUAUUAAUAUGUGUCAAUAAGACUCCGAGUUUGAGGAA